AUGAUCAACGAGGACCAAAACCAGACGCUUUCUGCUUCGAAGGAAGAGAUGCUGAAAGUUUUUGCUGAGUUUAGAGCAGCUAAAUUCUACUUUCCGCAAGAAUGGGAGAUGCCUGGCAGCCGCGAACACAAGCCGUUUUUUGAGGCACAACCGGGGCACAACCACGUACAGGACACAGACGAGGGAAUCGCGUCCGACGCAGAUCGGCCGAUGCAACGGCGAUACGUAUCUGACGCCGAAAUAUUGGGCUUGGACCGGUUCGGCAAAACGGCUGCGCCGACACAUCAGGUGUAUAGAAAAAUCCAAUUGCCAAACUAUGCUGGUUCGGCAUUCCGGUCAGCGAUGGCUAUAGUUGACGCCAGAAUCAACUAUCCGCUGGUAUUGUCGGCGGAGGACGUGGCUGUCGACCAGAUAGCGGUCUCACAGCAGACUUCGUCAACUCCGGAGUUCCAGACGCGGCCAGUGAAAAUCCUGCAGGACGACGACCGGGAGAGAAGUCGAUGGUGUUCGGCCAGGAAAGGUUCGUGGUCGUCCGAACUGCAGGAAAUUGGAACAGCGGACAAAGAGCCGGAAGCAAAAAAGGGACGCCGCCGCCGCCGCACUGGCGUCGGACCAUGCGGUUUGUGGGCCGUAUGUUUUGUUGCGGCUCCUACGCGUCCGACGACUCUGAGAUCGAAGAUUUUCAAGACGCUUAAUAAGUCAGCAGCAAGACGUGAACAGCUGUCGUCUGGACGCAUUAAACAUUUUUUAUACAUUUGGUAA